CCUCAAAGUAUUUGUUAUUUCGUGUUCUUGUCGACGGCAACCACUAAAUUCACGGGAGUGGGAAUGAACAGCAUUGAGUUUUUUGUGUCGCUUGAAAAACCUUUGAAAAGAAAUGUGGAUUGAGAUGAGCGUCAUUUAGAUUUAGAAUUUUUUUUUGUAUUCAUAAGAAUAUCCAAUAUGUUGGAGUUUUUCUCAUUCACCUUGGGUAGGUGUCAUAUUCUGGUUGGUUACUAUUUCAUUUUCACGUUUGAGCUGAAGGUACUGUCUCAAUUUUGUCUCAUCUGAAAUUCAAUUCAUUGCAAAGCCGGUUGAAAGGCAAGUCAUCAAAGAAUUUUUAAUGUAUUUUCUUGUCCUAUCGCAAUCCAUUAAAAAAUUAUCUUCAUUCCAUUUCAAAAACCAAAAUUCUGUAGCGGUCUUGUUUUUUGUUGGGCGCUAAAACAACAAAAUGCGUGAGCUCGUUCACAUCCAGGGUGGCCAGUGCGGCAACCAGAUCGGUGCCAAGUUCUGGGAGGUGAUCGCCGAUGAGCAUGGUAUUCUUUUCCCCUUAGUAUGUAGUUUUUGUGUAGGUGUAAGCGUAAUCUGCGACUGCAAAUGCUUUCGAAUACCAUGUUGUAGGUUGAGAACACGUCGUAAGUUCUGCAGAUAUCUCUCCUUUUGAGGGUAGAUAUAUGUGAAGGUGAUCCUGAUAUCCGUAUGUGGAUUCACGAAAGACCGUUUGACGGAACUGAGCGUCAAUUUCCAAAACAUCACUCUCAUCUCCUCCGAAUCUCGCCUGUCUCAUACUACAAUCAAACGUUCUCUUCAGGUAUCGACCCCACCGGUACCUACCACGGUGACUCCGACCUUCAGUUGGAGCGCAUCAAUGUGUACUUCAACGAGGCCACUGGUGGCCGCUACGUGCCCCGCGCGGUCCUGAUGGACUUGGAGCCCGGUACCAUGGACUCCGUCCGCGCUGGUCCGUUCGGUCAGCUCUUCCGCCCGGACAACUUCGUGUUCGGUCAGACCGGUGCCGGUAACAACUGGGCCAAGGGUCACUACACCGAGGGUGCCGAGUUGAUCGACUCCGUCCUCGAUGUCGUCCGUAAGGAGGCUGAGGGCUGCGAUUGCCUUCAGGGCUUCCAGCUCGUCCACUCCCUCGGUGGAGGAACCGGUUCCGGUAUGGGAACGCUCUUGAUCUCCAAGAUCCGUGAGGAGUACCCGGACAGAAUCAUGAGCACCUACUCCGUUAUCCCGUCCCCGAAGGUGUCCGAUACCGUCGUCGAGCCGUACAACGCCGUGCUGUCCUUCCAUCAGCUCGUCGAGAACGCCGAUCAGGUCAUGAUGAUGGACAACGAGGCCCUGUACGAUAUCUGCUUCCGUACCUUGAAGCUGACGACCCCCACCUACGGUGACUUGAACCACUUGGUCUCGGCCGCCAUGUCCGCCACCACCUGCUGCAUCCGCUUCCCGGGUCAGUUGAACUGCGAUUUGCGUAAGGUCGCCGUCAACAUGAUUCCGGUACUAUUUCUUUUCACUUUUGAAACUAGAGUUUGCAUCCUUGGUAGAAAUGACCUUUCAUUUCCAACCUGGAAGUCGUGUCUCCGCAUGUCAUCUUAAUCCAGAUCAUAGCCAUGGAGGAUUUCAUCUAGUGUUGAUUUCCGUGAGAACUUGAUCCUUCUUCGUACAAGAAUAUGAAGUUCUCAUCUCUUGAGUAUUUGAAGAGUCGACCUUUCUGGACCUCACCUUCUUGAAUCUUUCAAUCGCCUUCCCGACCAACUCCUUCAGUUCCCGCGUUUGCACUUCUUCAUGACGGGUUUCUCCCCGCUGACCUCUCGUGGUUCCCAGCAGUACCGUGCCCUCACGGUUCCGGAGUUGACCCAGCAGAUGUUCGACGCCAAGAACAUGAUGUGCGCCGCCGAUCCGCGUCACGGACGCUACCUCACCGCGUGCGCCCUGUUCCGUGGACGCAUGUCCACCAAGGAGGUCGAUGAACAGAUGUUGAACGUGCAGAACAAGAACUCCUCAUACUUCGUUGAGUGGAUCCCGAACAACAUCAAGUCCUCCGUGUGCGACAUCCCGCCGAAGGGUUUGAAGAUGGCCGUCGGUUUCUUGGGUAACUCCACCGCCAUCCAGGAGAUGUUCAAGCGCGUCGCCGAGUACUUCACCGGUAUGUUCCGCCGCAAGGCGUUCCUCCACUGGUACACCGGUGAGGGUAUGGACGAGAUGGAGUUCACCGAGGCUGAGUCCAACAUGAACGAUCUCGUCUCCGAGUACCAGCAGUACCAGGACGCCACCGCCGAGGAGGAAGGUGAGUUCGACGAAGAGGAGGGUGAGUACGACAUGGAGCCCAUGUAAAUCACUUCCUCUAAGACCUCUCUGAGGUUUGAGACGUGAUCAUGAUUUCAUGAACACAAGACGCUUUUGAUCCCUUGCAGUUAGACGAAGAUGUCAACGCAGGCUGAGGCGUAAA